AUGUAUCUGAUAUGUGCAGGUCGUAAGGUGCUCCUGAAGUGCUUGUCUGGCAAGUUUUGCAGCCGAGAGCUCACUGGAAUUAUGGGGCCGUCUGGGGCUGGCAAGUCUACACUGCUAAAUAUUCUUGCUGGGUACAGAAAGACUGGUAUGGAGGGUCAGAUAAUGGUAAACGGGGGACUGCGUGACCUCCGCACCUUCAGGAAAAUGUCCUGUUACAUUAUGCAGGAUGACAUGCUGCUGCCCCACCUCACCACAAAUGAGGCCAUGAUGGUUUCAGCUAAUCUUAAGCUAAAUGAGAACAUGAAAGUAAAGAAGGAACUGGUGAAUGAGAUCCUCACUGCUCUAGGCCUGCAAGAGUGUGCACACACUCGUACACACACUCUGUCCGGAGGUCAACGUAAACGAUUGGCUAUUGCACUGGAGCUAGUCAACAACCCCCCUGUCAUGUUUUUUGAUGAGCCAACCAGUGGUCUAGACAGUUCAGCCUGUUACCAGGUGGUUUCUCUAAUGAGGUCUCUUGCUCUGGGUGGACAAACUAUCAUCUGCACCAUCCACCAGCCCAGUGCUAAAGUCUUUGAGAUGUUUGACAAGCUGUAUAUUUUGAGUCAGGGACAGUGCAUAUAUAAUGGCACAGUCCCAUACCUCAUCCCCUAUCUGAAGAACCUCGGACUCCACUGCCCUACUUACCACAAUCCUGCAGACUUCAUAAUCGAGGUGGCAUCAGGAGAGUAUGGUAAUUUGAAUCCUGUGCUUUGCGAGGCAGUGCAGGGUGGCAUGUGCUCAGAAGGUUUCAAGAAGAACUCCAGUGACAAGAAUGGACCUACAUCGUCUUGCCCAACUCAGUGUAACAGCGAUUCAGGACACAUUGAAAAACAUACUUUUGCCACCAGCACACUCACACAGUUCUGCAUUCUUUUCAAAAGGACUUUUAUCACAAUAUAUAGAGACAUGGUGCUGACCCACCUGAGGGUGAUGUCACACUUGUCUAUUGGAGUACUGAUCGGCCUGCUGUACCUAAACAUUGGCAAUGAUGCCAGAAAAGUGUUCAACAACAAUGGAUUUCUCUUCUUCUCCAUGCUCUUCCUUAUGUUUGGUGCAUUAAUGCCAACUGUCCUCACAUUUCCUCUGGAGAUGUCAGUGUUUUUAAGGGAGCAUCUGAACUACUGGUACAGUUUAAAGGCCUACUACCUAGCCAAGACCGUGGCUGAUAUCCCAUUUCAGGUCAUAUGUCCCAUAAUGUACUGUAGUAUAGUGUACUGGAUGACAGGGCAGCCUCCAGAAGGUAGCCGAUUUCUGCUUUUCAUUGCCUUAUGCACCUCCGUUGCCCUGGUGGCUCAGUCUCUGGGCCUACUCAUUAGAGCUGCUUCUACCUCGCUGCAGGUGGCUACAUUCGCAGGGCCAGUGACAGCCAUUCCAGUAUUGCUUUUCUCUGGCUUCUUUGUCAACUUUGACACCAUCCCAAAAUACCUACAGUGGAGCUCCUAUGUUUCUUAUGUCAGGUAUGGCUUUGAGGGUGUGAUCCUAUCCAUUUAUGGUAUGAAUCGAACAGAUUUGGAAUGCCCUGGCCCUGUCUGUAAGUUCCAGAAGCCCGAGGAGGUGCUGCAGCUGUUGAAUGUAGAAGACGCAAAACUCUACAUGGACUUCAUAGUGUUAGGGAUUUUCUUCCUCGCUCUUCGGUUAGCCACUUAUCUACUGCUGCGUUACAAAAUCAAGUCUGAACGUUAG